AUGUUCUACCCACACAAUAUCCAUACGUCAUUCCCAACCAAGAACACGGCGCAGCCGCAGUCAUCCUCUUCAUCGUCGUCGUGGCGGAAGGACAACGAGACCGAGGAUUCGAUCACAUACUUGGACAUUCCUAAGCCCGUCAGCUCCAUCAUGGCAGACAACAGGCGUCUGAACGGUACCCCAAUGGACGCCAAGUACACCAGGGACGAAGUCAAGGCCGCCGUCCGCACCCGCAGAGAGAACAGAAAGAACGAGGAACGCUUGAACCAGCAGAGGAAGGGGAUCCUGGCCAAAAUGCAAUCGGACAACGGCCUCACACGCUACUUCUUCUCCGUCUUCCCCGACGGCGCGCCCAUCCCCGGGAUUACAGCCUUGGAGGACUGCGUCCUUGGCAUCCGCCAUUCCGAGGGCCGCAAGCUCGACACGGAGAUCACCGAGGCCGAGGUCUCCCGCGCCCUGGAGCUUUUCGCCGACCAAGUCAAGUGGCACAACGCCAGCCUCACGCCUGUCGGCACCGUCAGCGAAGAGUGCGUCAAGGGCUCCACCGCGGACACGCUUACGAUGUGGCUUGAGACCCUACGGCUGCGACGGAAGCUUUCCGAGACGACGGAACAUUCUGAGGGAUUGGCCUUGCAAGCGCGAAUUGAGAAACUGGUAGAGAAAAGAGUCCGCGCGACGGUAGAAAAGCAGAAGGCCGCGCUGUAUCCCGAGGCGAGUGGCAGCGGAAUCCCCAAGAGGGCUACUAAGUGGCCGGAAAGCCGGUUCCAACAUCCCAAGACCAGAGGCGGGCACACGGAGUCCACGACACAGGAACGGAUUGAGGCGUGGGCUGCGUGGGAGCGCGCCAAUGACCGUGCGGACGCGCGGAUCAAGCGCCAGAACGAGAAGACCGCGAAGCAAUUGGAGUGGGAGUUGGAUCAGCAGCAUGCGGCGACGCUGAAGAAGAUGUUUACCCCGACCGAGGAGGAGCUCAAGGGGCUCAAGCGCUCCUUGAAGCCGGAGACCGACGGGCUCGUCAAACCCAAAGACAAGCGUGGCGACGGUAUGAAGAAGAUUAUUGAGCACCUGAAGGCCGGUUCUGAUUCUUGGUCGUCUGACGGCAAUGACGGUUCCGAGGGGCAGAGUACUGCGCAGCCUCUGUUCUAUUCGCCUACGAAGGAGAUUCUUGAUACUUUCAAGAAGGCCUGGAAUAUGCCUCUGAUAAAGUCAAUGUUUUCCGAGAUGUCCAACCCAGAGACUGACGUCAAGGGAAAAGGCAAAGCCGUCGACCGCAGCGGAGCCGAAGAUGAGGCCGCCAAGAGAGAACGCAGCCUACAGACCUUAGAGGUUAGACAACGCCAAAUGGAAGAAGAUCUUGUCGUCGAUAACGGUGACAAGGAGCAUUUCCUGUCAGAUGCACUCCAUGACCCACACUGGACAGGCCGCUCCAAUCCGGACAGUUUCCUGAGAGGCUGGCCCGAACGUUCGAACGAGACGAUGUUGGCUGUGCUGGGGCGGGCUUCGGAGUUGUCGGAGCAGGAGAAGCAGUGGGAGCGCAAGCAGUACUGGGCCGACUCGGCUGCGCAGAUGGACGUUCAGCUGCAGAGGGUGAAGCGGCAGCGGGAGGAGAAGCUCGAGAGCGAGACUGUUGCUUCGGCUUCGAAGAAGACCAAGACCAAGACCGAGACCGAGGCCGAGGCUGAGUCCAACGAGCGUGUGCGCAAGAACUUCAGGGCCGGCUUCGAGAAGUGGAAGAGCGAGAACGUCAAGCAGGUCACUUUGGCGGAGGCGUAUCAGCACUUGUUCAAGGGCAAGGACAGCACUGCCGAGGUCAACCACCCCAACACCCCUGACGACAAGGCUGCCGGGAAGCAGAAGAUUGACGUUCCUUAUGUCGCGAACCCCCCCAUGACUUACGCGCCACGCCGUCAAGAAUUUCCCACGUCAAAUGUCAGGAAUGAGGAUCCUGAAAAGGGAGACGCCGUAUCCUGCAACUUCUGGGCUUCUCCCGAGAGGCAGCUUCUCAACACGAAGUCCCGCGACACUUCACAAGAGGAUCUCGGUAGUAGCGUCGUUGGUGGUUUGCUUGAGGAGCCUCCUAGCAUUUGCGCUGCUAAGCAAUCGGCCGCGGCCUGGAUGCAUCAGGGUCCGACGCCGCCCGCGGUGACAAGCGACGACCAAUCGCGAAGUAAAACUGAAGCUUUCCAUGAAAUGAUGAAGAGGAAUAAACGCAGUGAAGACGCGCUGCUCCAGCAAAUGCGGACGGCCGAGAAGGCCUUGAAGGACCAUGAACAAGGAAAAAUACGAUCUCGGGGAACUUUUUUUGAGGUUCAUAAUCCUCCGCCUCAGAACCCAUACGAUACAUCCUCUUUGAGAGAAGCAGCCCAUACUCCGGCGGGCCCCAGUCUCCGUCCAGGGAAGCAGAACGGAACGGAGAAAGCUCCGAGGCAGGAGAAGAAGGAAAGUCGGGGCAACGGGGCUGAGAUGCCCUCCGGCGACCGUCCAAUCUGGGCGACCGCAAGCGCGUACCCACAGCCUGCACAAAGACAUUACCUGACACCCAAGCAGCCUUCGCUUUAUGUGGACACCCUUCGCGGGCAGUAUGCUCCCAUAAUCGCUGCGUCGUACGGCUCCUACAAUGUUGCCCCGCCGGCAACCGUCUCGACACCGUUCCCACAGCCCGAGAACCGGAACGAAGCUAAGAAGACCCCCGGUCAAGAGAAGAACGGCCAUAUCUCCCACUCCUACAAUCAGCGUCCCUCUCUCGACCUCAAGCAUCCUUACCCGUACAGGCCCAACUAUACUUCUCCGUACGCGCCCAACUGGACUGGCCCGUCGACGCCCUACUAUGCUAACUGGAUGAACUAUGCUUCCCCGUCGACACUCAACUACGCUGCCGUCCCGGCAUUCUACUCUGCUACCCCGCCGACCAGGCCCAGCUAUCCUACCCCAUACACGCCCAACCAUCCUCUCCGACACACAGCCUGCUAUGAUGUCCCGCCGGCACCCUCUGUCCCCCCGCCGGCACCCGUCCGGACAGAAACGACCCGAGCAAUGGCUCAACCCCCCCGGCCUGCUCCUAAGCCGCCCGUCGACUUUGAGUUGGCGUACAACACACUCGCCGCCAAGUUCCAGAACUUGCACAUCUCCACCGCGGCGACCGUCCGGGCCUUGAACGAGGACCUGAAGCGGGCGUCCACCUCGGUCGAUAGGAUGAUUCAGAAGAUGGCGGAGAAGGAGGCUGCUUCUUCAGAGGCUCCUCAGACUAGUUCUGCAACACGUCCAUUGUAUCCCGAUGUGGGCGUCCCCAUCCCCGAAGAGGCUGCAGAUAGCGUUGCAGAGGUGGAUGACGAGGUCGGGCUAUACACAGAAGGGAACGAGCCAAUGAGUUACUGUGGACCUUACGUUGAGGACGAUGAGGAUUCCAUGAACCAUUACAACCAGGAUGAUCCACCUACUUUGAUGGAUUCUGAGGAGGAAGAGUCUUCAGAUGAGGACGAUGAGGACGAGUCUUCCGAUGAGGAUGACUCUUCAGAUGAGGAUGAGUCUUCAGAUGAGGAAGAUGAGGACGACGACGAGUCUUCAGAGGGCGACCAAGACGAAUCUUUAAAUGAGAACGAGCCUUCGUGCGAGGAAGAGUCUUCGUGCGAGGAUGAGCCUUCAUACGAGGAAGAGCCUUCACACGAGGAUGAGUCUUCAUACGAGGAAGAGCCUUCACACGAGGAUGAGACUGUGAUGGAGAACGAGCCUGUGAUGGAGCCCGAGCAGGACGAAACCGAGGAGAACGAGCCUGAGCAAGAGCAGUGCCCGUGCCCUGAAUGCCAAUGCGCCAACGCUUCCUGGUCCCACAUCGGCGGCUACGAUGACGAGGCCUGCGAUGGCGAGGACAUGGUCUGCGACUGUGCGGAAUCUGACGAUACCCUUCUCGACAGCUGCUACUGCGCCACGUGCGAAUUGCUCCGCGAGUCGGGAGCUGAAGUCCCCGAGGAAGUGGCGGUGUCGGUUGCCUCCUCCGUGACAGAGGGCGAGACCGCGGAGGUGGAGAUUGACGAUGAGGAUUACUGCAUCCUGGACGACGAGGACCGAGAUGCCGAGCAGGAUGAGUACGAGUGGGUUGGCGAGAAUGAGUUUGCCUAG